CUCUCACUUGGACCGCCGCUACGCGCUACUGGUAGUAAUAUUUCACAUACGGAGCGCCGCUCAACCUCCAGCAGACACAGAACUCUCACAACGAACAGCUGCAUAAAGCUGCAGCAUGUAACUUAAAACAAUUUUAGAUAUGUAUUAAAACUUUUGCUUUUUAACAUUACUGUUAAAUAUUAUUUUACUGAUUGCAGGUUUUUCAGUUAUCCUUUUCACUGAGUAGCUGCUGUGUUGUGUCUGCAAGUAUUUUGCAUGUUUGUGUAAAUUAGGUGAAUUUAUUGCCAGAUCACGUUUUAAUUUUGUCAGAUCACUUCGUAGCAUUUAUACCUAAAGCGAAAAAUUAACAGCAGGUCCGGGUGAUUGGCAGAGAUCGGCCUCAUGGGUGAUCGGUAUCAGAAUCAGCAGCAAAAAACCUGAUCAGAGCAUCCCUAGUUUGUAGCCAUUUAACAGUUUUUGCACAUACAUUGAGGAUAAAUGUUCCUCAAAAUUAAAACCCAGAUAGUGGAAGUAGACUGAAGAGAAAUAUGAAAUGUGAGAAAUAUGUCCCAUCGCAUUUCUGCAUAAAACAUGGCAACAUACUUCUGACCAAUCAGACAACACUUUGCACAGAGCUCUGGUGUAGAUCGAUCCGUGCCUGGUGUCGAGUCUGGCAGGCGAAUGGUUCUCUGUGAACAGAAUGCUCAUAGAGAACAUUUUGCUUGAUCAAUUUUCAUUGCACGUCAGCAUCAAUGAGAGCCAAUUUGGACAUUCAGAUGAAGUAUUUUGGGGCCUUAAGAGCCUAGCCAGUUUUGGUUGAACAACAGUAAUAUUUAAUUAAAAGGAAGUAAAAAGGAAAUAUGCUUGUUUAUGGUUUUCAUUGUGUUCUUUUCCUUGCACCUCCUCAGGUGUACUCCCAGAAUGUCAACUCCAAAGGUGUUAAGCUAUACUCAGGUGAGACCCAGAACCUCCCAGAACCUCCGCAUCUCUGUUCCCUGGACUCCGGUGUGAGCUCCACUCUGCAGCACCCCACUUCCAGCCCUCCUGGUCCUCUGGACAACUGGCCGCACAAUGGCAGAAGUACCGUCUCACCACUGGACAACCAAACCCCUGCUACCUCUACCUCCACCUCUGGCCAACCACAAGCUCCAGAGGAUUCCAGCAGACAUUUUGCUCCACCAUGGCAACACCAGGGCUGCAAUUAUGCAAGCCUGAAUGCAUGUGACUUCCAUUUUGCUAACCAUAAUGCUGCCAUCACCUCUGCAACGCUGCCUCCACUUCGAAGGAGCAGUCUGCAGGCCUCUUCCCAUGUUGACAGUGAUGCACUCUACCACCACGCUCUGUCAGACUGGUACUACAGUCAAGCAGAGGCAGCAGAACACAUGUCCCCCCGCCAUUUAAGUGUAUCUCAGGACUAUUUAGCCGAGCCGCAGCUGGGUUCGGCACCCAGGCCCAGAUUUAUACCCAGCCCUACGACCUUUGCAGAACACCACAGAAGAGAAACUUUCCUCCAUCAUCAGCGAGCAGCAGCUGCUGUGCAUGAGUCCUACUGGCUAGGGGGCUGUGGCACUGGAUCGGGUACUGCUAGAAAGUCAUGCUCAGAAAGUCUGAUGGCAGCCUAUGCCGACUAUGAGCACAAUUAUGGCCGCUCUGUGGAAACACUGGCAGAGGCCUCGGCUCUGGUCUCACAACAUUAUGAACAGACUUCACCAAAUUCCCAAAUGACAUGUAAAAGAGAACAGAAGAAGCAGAAAGCUCCAGGAGGACAUGAACAUAAAACUACAGUGACCCCCACUGUGUCACUCGGCCACAUGCAGUCAGCUCAGCAGGUGGCGGAGCCUCAAACAAGACAGCUGGAAGAAGAGGAAGUGGUGGCCUACAGAAGCUACAGCCCCUCGUUUUACCACAGAGAGGGCCAUCUCCUCCAGCAGGCCCACUCUUUCAGAGAGCCUGCUUACAGUGGCCCUCACCUCAACUGGGGGUCUGGCACCAGAAGAGACAGUGGUGCCUUUUCCCAUCUCCAGUCUACUCCUGCACCUCUGACUUUAGAGGAGAAGACGAAGCAGCUAAGGGAUGACAGAGAGGUCAUCUCCUCUGUGUCCCCAGUUGAAGAGGUGGUCCUGAGGCAAAGGCCCCUGUUUAACUGUCAGACACCCUUUCAGGCUAACUCCUCUCCCACCAUAUCACCGGAAGCAUCUGCUUGGAUCCCUGCAGCCAGAACAGUUCCUGUCCCUCAAGAAACUGGGUCCAGCCGCAGAGUUAACGGUAGCCUUGCCCAUGCCUUUAAUUCCCUCUCCUCCAUUCCUUUCAUAGGAAGCUUUAAAAGCCGCCGCUCCUCUUACCUGCUGGCCAUCACCACUGAGCGAUCCAAGUCCUGCGAUGAAGGACUCAACACUUACAGGGAUGAGAGCCGAGUCUUCUCUAAAUUGCCAAAAAGAGUCAAGAGCUUUUUCACUGAUGGGUCUUUGGACAGUUUGCGAGCCCAGGAGGACCCCCACUCGAAGCGCCACUCCACAUCAGAGCUGGGUACCAUCACCUUUAGUGACGUCCGGAAGGAAGGGUGGCUACAGUACAAACAGAUCCUCACAGAGAAGGGAAAGGUAAAGAAGCUAGGAGGCAGCAUGCGGCCUUGGAAACGUGUCUUCAGUGUGCUUCGCCAUCACUCCCUUUUCCUUUACAAAGACAAGCGUGAAGCCGUGCUGCAUGGCGCCGGGGCAGGUGGCAGCCAGGAUGAACAUCCACCAGUCAAUAUUCGAGGCUGCCUGAUUGACAUCGCGUACAGUGGAACCAAACGAAAGCACACCCUGAGACUGACCACGCAGGACUUCUGUGAGUACCUGCUGCAGGCUGAAGACCGGGACGACAUGCUGGCGUGGAUCAGGGUCAUCAGAGAGAACAGCAAAUCAGAUAAUGAGGAGAUUGGACAAGUUCUAAUCAACAAGAAGCUGAAUGACUACAGGAAACACAGUCUGACAGGCAACAAGCCGGAUUCCUCCCCCAGAGCCCAUCGCAUGGUGCCUGACUUCCUCCUGGCUAAAACAGACAAUACUUCAGGGAACCGAACCUCAAGAGCUGAUGACAACAAGGCUCUGUGGGGUAUCAACCUCAUGAAGAAAACAAAGAAACCAGGCUGUCCGAAAGCCUUUGGGGUGAGACUGGAGGACUGCCAGCCAGCUGUUAACCAUAAAUUUGUCCCUCUCAUUGUUGAGAUAUGCUGCGGUGUGGUGGAGUCCUCUGGUCUGGAGUACACCGGGAUCUACCGCGUGCCUGGGAACAACGCCAUGGUGUCGAGUCUGCAGGAACACCUCAACAAGGGCCUAGACAUCACCACUGCUGAAGAGAGAUGGCAAGAUCUGAAUGUCAUCAGCAGCCUGCUUAAAUCAUUCUUCAGAAAAUUGCCGGAGCCUCUGUUCACUGACGACAAAUAUAACAGCUUCAUUGAUGCCAACCGUAUAGAAGAUGCAGAUGACAGACUGAAGACCAUGAAAAAACUGAUCCAUGACCUCCCAGAUUAUUAUUACCAUACCCUUAAUUUCCUGGUGAGUCACUUGAAGAUGGUGGCAGACCACUCUGAGAAGAACAAGAUGGAGCCAAGAAACCUGGCUCUGGUGUUUGGUCCCACUCUGGUGAGAACGUCAGAGGACAAUAUGAUUGACAUGGUCACCCACAUGCCUGACCGUUAUAAAAUAGUGGAGACACUCAUCCUUCAUCAUGACUGGUUCUUCUGUGAUGGUGAGCUGGAUACGGAAAAUACGGCCCCUGAGGGUAAGCGGGACAUUCAACCUGUCCCUAACAUCGAUCACCUGCUGUCAAACAUUGGCAGGCCGGGCAUGCCUGGGGACGCUUCAGAUUCCACCACCAGUGAUUCAAUUAAACUGAAGAUUUCUUCCACUUCCAAGAAAGAUCUGAAUGCCAGAGACUUCCUUCCCAAGUCCAUCAUCUCUGCUGUGACCCGCAAACGUAAAAAAUGCCUCAGCACCCAUCUAGUAGUCAGCAGCGGUGAUGAGGACUCUGAGCAUGAAAUGGCCAAGAACACAAGCUACAGAGAGAGAGAUGAAGGGGGAGAUGGAAAGGGACUGCAAGAACUGGUCCAGGGGGAACACACCUGCUCCAAAAAAGAAAAGAGACAUGGAGUGAAACAUGUUCAGACAUCUGAAGAGGGAAAAAGAGAAGAAGAAACAACUGUGAGGAAGGGAGCAGAUGGAGGGGAAGGUUCUUUCCUCUGUUCUCAUCAGAGCCACGGCAAAUACCACAAACCUCCAGCAGCAACAAGCCCACCAUCACAUAUCAAGAUUCCAAGCGAUGCCAAAGAACGUCCUAAUGUUCCAUUCUGGAUCUCCCCCAGCUGCCCUCUCCCUCUGCAGACCUCCAGUUGCCUCAGAGAGUGGAGUCAGGCAGCCAGUACAGGCAGGCCUGCUAGGACCAGGGCCACCUCCAUUAACCUGGAGCUGGGCAGGGGCCAGGAGAUUGGCAGAGGUCAGAGAUCAGAUGGGGUAGAGGUGAUCAGAGCUGGGGAAGUGCUAGCAGCUCAGUGUGGAUUUCUUCAGCAGAGAUCCAUCACAGGAGGGUCAGCUCAACAUCCCCUUCCUGCCUUCUCUUCUACUUCAGGAUGGACUGAUCAGCGAUCCUCCUCUGUGGUGUUAAGGUCAGCUCCAGAUUCUCAAGCCAGGAGGAGAGCAUGGCGUCGCCACACUGUGGUCAUUUAAGCCAACUUUUAAUUCUACUAAAACAGAAAACUUUACUUGCCAACAUCUGCCCAACUGUUUGUCUCUCAAACGUGAUGGUGUGCCUCUUUACACAUCCAGAUCUCAUGCCUCAAAACUCAGACUUUUAUCAACUGUUAAAAUGUUGUAAAUAUAACCUAAUAACAGAAUAUCUUCAUUUAUUGAACAAACAGAAUGCUAAAAAUGUGUUUUAAAAACAUCUAUCUUAACUACUUACAUAGGGAAGUGGAAAAACUGGCCUACUGAUCACAUGCAGUUAUAAAUUGUUCAUCAGUGCAGCGAGCAGUUUUCUACAGCCGGAGGUUGAUAGGCUGUUACUCCCCAUCACAGCGCUUCUUACGAUCAGGAGAGAGGAGAGGCCAAGCGGAACCACAGCCAAAUCUCCCAACUCUGACCCACCAGGUAGUUUUCCAAAUUUUUUGCCUUCCAGCCCUCAACUGUAGGUUUAUUAAUAAUUAGAUGGAUCUGACCCAAACUUUUCUGCCAAGACAACUCCAUCUCUGUACCCUUCUUCAUGUCCUAUGAUUGUGCAGAGACCUGUUUUGUAUUUGUUGUCUAAAUCUUUCCUAACCUUUGUAUAUAAAACAUAUAAUUUAUUAAAUUAAUUGUUUUGGACAUGA